AUGUCCGCCGAGACCAUCAACGGCACCGCGCCGACCCCUGCUCCGGCUGCUGACGCCGCAGCUCCCGCAGCUCCCGCCAACCCCGCCCCUUCCACUUCCACCGACGUCCCCACCACCUCUGCCGAGGCGUCUUCAUCUAAGCCCCAGCCCCUGCCCACGAAGCACAAGAAGCUAUCGGGGUACGACUUCUACCGCGCAAUCGGGAGCCCGAAGUACGUCGUCGCGCCGAUGGUGGACCAGUCCGAGCUCGCGUGGCGCCUGCUGUCCAAGUCGCCUCUGCCCCCCGACGUCGCCGGACCUCCGGAGUGGAUCGAGGCCCCGCUCCCCGACGGACCGGCCGGUCCCUCCCAGCCGCGCAAGUAUGCGCGCUACGCGGGCGGCGCGCACCUGACCUACACGCCCAUGAUCCACGCAAGGGUGUUCUCAGAGUCGAGGCAAAACUCGCGCGGCGGCGACCCCCAGUUCAACAUUACGUGCAACGAGGAGGGCAACCGGAAGACGCUGGCUGGGAUCGAGGGCGGCGAUCGCCCCCUGUUCGUGCAGGUUAGUCACCAAUUGGCAGGCUCGAAAUUCCCGCUUACCCUGGAUGGAUGGAUGAGUGUAAUACUGACUUUGCAGUUCUGCGCAAACGACCCCGACGUGCUCCUGUCCGCUGCGAAGAAGGUGCAGAACCGGUGCGACGCGGUCGACAUCAACUUUGGGUGCCCGCAGGGCAUCGCGAAGCGGGGCAAGUACGGCUCCUUCCUGAUGGAGGACUGGGACCUGAUUGCCCGCCUCAUCUCGACGCUGCACGUCAACCUCACUGUGCCCGUUACGGCCAAGUUCAGGAUUUUCCCCGAGGUCGAGAAGACGGUGCGGUACGCGCAGAUGAUGGAGGCGGCGGGCGCGCAGAUCCUGACCUGCCACGGCCGGCUGAGGGAGCAGAAGGGCCCCGCCACGGGGCUGGCCGACUGGGACCAGAUCAAGGCGGUCAAGGAGGCAGUCAGCGUGCCCGUGUUCGCGAACGGGAACAUUCUCUACGCCGACGACGCCCUCCGCUGCAUGGAGUACACGGGGUGCGACGGCGUCAUGUCCGCCGAGGGCAAUCUGAACAACCCCGCGCUCUUCGCGGACCCGAAGAGCCCCAACGCCUACGUCGCCGCCACGGCGCUGGCGCGCAGGUAUCUCGACAUUGUGGCCAAGCUCGACACGCCCACGGCCGGGAGCGCGAUCAAGGCGCACCUCUUCCAUCUCCUCAAGCCGAUGCUGGACGAGCACGAGGACCUCCGCGUCAUCUUUGGCAAGCAGGGCGUCGACGACAAGGUCGCGUACUACCGCGCCGCACUUGAUGAGGUCGAGAGCGCUUCCCCCCUGAGCCCGUGA